AUGUGGCGGUCCUUGGCUCGUGCGCGCUGGCCUGCCGCGCGAGGCCUUCGCCCGCGCUACAGCUCUGGCAUCGCCGACCAUGCCCACCUGCUCGAGGGCCUCACCGAGGCCGAUGACAUGCGCCCCGUGACGCUCGUCCAGGACAAGCAGAGCGCCGAGCGCGUGCUCCAGGUGCUGGCCUCGCUCGGGCCCGACCACUACCACGCGUGCGAUACCGAGGUUGCACAGAUCGACGUCAAGAAAGUCGGUCCCGUCGGCAAUGGGCACGUGACCUGCCUCUCGAUCUACAGCGGUCCCGACGUCGACUUUGGCAACGGACCGUACGUGUGGGUCGACAACCUCGACGCGGCCGAUGGGACGCUCGAGUACUUUCGUGGGUUUCUCGAGUCGCAGACAACCAAGAAGAUCUGGCACAACUACUCGUUUGACCGCCACGUGCUGUACAACAAGACGACCAACAUCAACGUCCAAGGCCUUGGCGGCGACACAAUGCACAUGGCCCGGCUCUGGAACACGGCGCGGUUUCAAAAGGGCGGGUACUCGCUCGAAGCACUCUCGGCCGACCUCAUGCACGCCCGCAAGAAGCCGAUGAAGGAGCUUUUCGGCGUGCCCAAGCUCAAAAAAGACGGCAGUGCCGGCAAGGAUCUUUUGCUGCCGCUGGUCGAAGAGCUGCAGCGCUUUCCCGAAUUCCGCGAGCGCUGGAUUCGAUACAGCGCAUACGAUGCGGAAUGCACGUGGUUCCUUCACAAGGUGCUCAAGCACAAGCUUGAAGCAACGCUGUGGCACCACUCGCCGGUCGAUGGCCGGCAGUCCAUGUAUGAGUUUUACCAGCAGUACAUUGUGCCGUUUGGCGAGUGCCUCACCGACAUUGAGCGCAAGGGCAUGCACGUGGACCGAAGCUUCUUGGCGCGUGUCGAGCUGGAUGCGCUCGCCGAGCAAAAACAGCUCGAAGAGAGUGUCCUUGCAUGGGCCAGUCGGUAUGUGCCGGAAGCCCACCGCAUGAACAUCUACUCGGCCUCGCAAAAGCAGCAGCUGCUCUUUGCCCCGUUUGCCAACGCAAAAAAGAACGUCGACCUGCCGCUCGAAAAGACUUUUGACGUCGAAAACAUUGAGCAAAUCAUCGAGCCCGAGAAAAAGCGUGCGAAGAAGAAGCGCGAGAUCACAAUCCGCGGCCUUGGGAUUCCCCCGAUCGCCUUCACCGCGAGCGGCGCGCCGGCUGCGACAAGCGAGGUGCUGAGAGAGCUGGCGGGCAAGCCACUCGCCGACCCGCCAAAGUACGGGUCCGCGUACGACCACUUUGCCGACAAGGAAGAGGGCGCCGCGGCUUGUCGCGCGCUCAAGCAAAUGUAUGACAUUAGCAGCAUCAACACGAUGCUCAACAACUUUAUUCUGCCGCUCCAAGACCUCGCGGAUGAAAAUGGCCGUGUGCACUGCGCGUUGAACCUGAAUACGGACACGGGCCGCCUCUCGAGUCGGAAACCCAAUUUGCAAAACCAACCGUCCAUGGACAAGGACCGGUACAAGAUUCGUGACGCGUUCACGGCGCCACCAGGCAAGCUCUUGAUUGUCGCCGAUUACAGUCAGCUCGAGCUGCGUUUGCUGGCGCACGUGACGCAGUGCAAGGGCAUGAUUGAAGCCUUCAAGGCGGGCGGCGAUUUUCACUCGCGGACAGCGAUGGGCAUGUACGAGUACGUCCAGAAGGCCGUCGAGGCAGGCGAAGUGCUCCUCGAGUGGGACUCGUCCAAGGGCAAGCCGCCCGUGCCGCUGCUCAAAGACGCGUACGCCAAAGAGCGCAAGCACGCCAAAAUCCUCAACUUUUCGAUCGCGUAUGGCAAGACACCGUUCGGCCUCGCCAAGGACUUUAACGUGUCGCGCGAUGAGGCCGCCAAGACGCUCGAGCGCUGGUACGCCGACCGCCCCGAAGUGAAAAAAUGGCAGGAGCAAGCGAUCCAGACCGCUCGGCUCUUUGGCUACACUCGGACGCUCAUGGGUCGGUAUCGUAUGCUCCCGGACGCAACGUCGACGUCCAAGAGUUUUGCUGCGAAGAAAGCCAAGUCCCACGCCGAGCGCGCGGCCAUCAACACCCCGAUCCAGGGUGCGGCUGCUGAUGUGGUCAUGCAAGCGAUGCUCAACGUCCACAAGAACCCGCGGCUUCGCGAGCUCGGCUUUGCAAUGGUGUGCCAGAUCCACGAUGAAAUCAUUUUGGAGGGCCCGGAGGAGCACGCAAAAGAAGCGUGUGCGCUCCUCGUCGACCUCAUGGAGCAUCCGUUCGAGUCGCCGCUCUCGGUGCGCAUGGAAGUGGAUGCCAAGAUCGACUCGUCGUGGUACAAGGCAAAAUAGAUCAACUUUGUGGUUGUCGGAAUUUCGUUUGUGG